AGUGGACCCGCGCCUGAAACCCGCGGUUUACAAAAGUGGCCGCCUGACGCAGCAGAAUAGGCUUUGUUUAUCGAGUGUAAACGUGGAGGAAUGGUGUCGCCGUUUUGCUAAGGCUACGCUGGAUAACCAAUAGCAGCAAUGUCCGUGUGGGCUGAGGCUCGUUUCGGAGUGAACCAAAACAUCAGAGAUAAAGGAGACACUAUUUGUGUGGUUCCCGACUUGUCCUUUGAUCGCCUGGACGAUGAUUUUGACCUGAAUAAAUCCUACCCAUGUUCUCGACGACCAUUCCACAAGAGGGGCCUUCUGGCACUGCAGCGUCGUUGUUAUCCUGGGUCAAUGACAGGUGAAUGUUUGGACAUUUGCAGUUCUGUAGCAACAAGAAACCUCCAAAUCUCCAACCUGCAUUCUGGCUCCCACAUUUCAGCUGCAUGUCUACCACUCCCAGCCUCUGUGUCAGAGACAGAGGAGAGCGUGUUAAGCCAGCUAAUGUCUGGAGAUUUUGGGCUCUCUGGAUCCCCAUCUGUGUUCAACCCAAAUAAAGUCAUCCUUAGUGUGGACCUUAAAACCAGAGAGAUCCUGUCUGCCAACGAGCAGGCCUGCAAACUGUUUGAAUGUUCCACUAAUGAGCUGAUUGGGGAAAAGCUGUCCUUUGUUUUGAAGAAAACCAGCCAGGUCCUGGAAGGAGCACUGACAGAAGAGUAUCUACAAGAAGAUGGAACAGUUGCAACUGUGUCUGGAAAAGUGGUGGAUGCUGUAACUGUAUCUGGAGAGGUGCCUGUGUCAGUAUGUACCCACAGACAGCUACAUAAUGGCACAGAGCAUUGGCUUGUCAUGUUGGAGCAUGUGGAGAGAGUAUCAGCCUUUGUGUCAUUUUCACAAGAUGGCAGUAUCCUCACUUGUGACUUGGCAUUUGCCCAUCUGCAUGGAUACCACCAGCCCGAGGAGUUGAAAGGGCUGUCUGUUAAGGAGCUAAUCCCCUCUUUACAAAUUCCCCUUCACAGCCAUGCAUUGCCUAAAAUGCUGAGGGUUCAGAAAGUGUGUGGUAAAAGUAGAGGGGGAACAUUAGUCCCACUGUGUAUCAAACUACAGGGAGCAGUGGAAUGCAGUAGACCCCAGCAGCAAAACAAUGGGAGUAGUUGCACAUAUCCAACAGAGACUCUUGAAGGAUCAGAUGCAGAGGACAAGCAGCCACACUCUCCUCCUACCUCCACAGUGUGCAGAGAAGCAGCAGCAGCAGCUUUGCAGCCAAAGCACUGUGAGCAGUCUCAUGGAAAAGAGCUGUCCUCUGAAGUUAAAGAAGACAACAUCAUCCUGUCCCCCAGCUCUGCGCUAGUGUACUCUGGGACAGUUUGGGUGUUUGCUCCUCUGAGUAGCCUCCUCCUCCUCCACACUGAUGGCUCAAUCCGCAGCAUCCACAACCACCUGGCUCUCCGUCUGUUUGGCUACAGCAAGGACGAGCUGUUGGGAAAGAGCGUCACGUUCUUGAUGCCCGGUUUCUAUGGAUGGAUGUGCAGCUUGGACAGGAGUGUCAGCCCCUUCUCUGAUCCUCAAGAGGAGGUCAUUAAUAUGGUCUCAUCCAAACCCUCAUCUGGUAAUUUCAAGGCCUGUAGAUACUCCAGUGGAUCAAACCCCACUACUGGAAGUUUGGUCAGCCAAACUCGUCACACUCUUUCAGAGAGCGACAAACUUCAGGAUAAAGACCCGUCCUCGCUGGUGGCCGGGGACAUGGCCAUGGUGCAUCAGGCUGUCCUGGGUAGAGGCUCCACAGGGAGAGGCAGGAUUUUCACCGGAACAAGUGCCAGGCUAGACAAACAGGGCAGUGCUCCUUCCACCCUGUCCCCUCCUGCUGUCACCUCCACACCUAUGGUUACGGCUAAUGACACUACGGAGCUGAUGGAGGCAGCGGCCCAGGUUGCUCCCUGCUGUAGCCAGUUAGACAGUGCCGACACCACCCAGGCACUCCUCCAGACUUUUCUCUUGGUGGAACCUCCAGACGAGGACACCUGCUGCCCGGCCCCAACCAGACCUUCACACCACAACCCAGAAUGUCAGCUUGGUAGUGCAGUUCAGAGAGAGAGUCUCUCACUCAUCAACAGUAUCCCAGAUACUCCCACUCAGGAUGAACAUCCCAUACCAAGACUGGGUGACAACUCCCCUAAUCUUGGCAAAGACCAACACUCACAUCACUCUGUUCUGCAGGACUCGAGCUUUGAGGUGAUCUCCAUGGAAAGCAGGUCUUCCUCUGGCUUCUGUGAGAAGUUUGCUGGUCAUGGUGGUUCUGGUCCUGGCCAGGCAGAGGAGUCCCACAAAAUAACCCAAAUCAUGGACUCAGCCAGCUGCUUCCUCGAUCUCAACACCAACGGCGACCUGGUGACACGGGCCUUGGCUGACCUAGACCUGAGCGGUAGUGUAGAACUACCCAACGGCAGAGAUUAUACUGACGAUAACCACCACUCCCUGACAUCCUGCGAUACAGCCGAGCUCCUGCGCACCCCCUCCCCAUAUGUUGUAGAGCCUGACCAUGAAGCAGAGCCUGCUGGGAAUGCGAAUGCUGCUGUAGACACCAAGAACAGUGUGUUGAAGGAGGAAGAGCAAAGGGCGCAGGAGCAGAUGGAGCAGAAUCAGUGGGCAGUUCUGUCAUCAAUUGACACUGGUCAGGUUGCCUGUAUGCAGAUGAAUGGAGGUAUGCGGCUACAAACAGACAUUCCUGCCACAUCUACCCCUAAGAAACAGAAGGAGAAUGAACUCACCCUGUCCUCAGACACUAAGGAAAUUCUGGAGGGGCGAUUUGAAGGAAGUGCGUACCACAGAGAUGGCACCAGAAUAGAUGUGCAGUGUGAUGUGUGCAGGGCUGACCUCCCUGAUGGCAGCUCUGUGUUCUGUGUGUGGAUAAGCAGACCUAGCCAGCAGGGGGAGCUGUUGCAAACUGAUAGCCAGUCGCUGCAUGAUGCGUCAGGGGCCAGCUUAGGAGAGAGGAUUUCCGAGGCCAGUCAUGGCGAGGCUCUGCGUUCCACCAUGGAUCUAGAGCGGUCUCGAGCCUGUGACGGACAGUUUGAAGAAGAUUACCAGCCACUUAAAGCUAUGGGUAAAGGAGCGUUUGGCUUUGUCUGGAAGGCAUUACGGCGAUGUGAUGGACAAGAGGUGAUAGUUAAGUUCAUCAAGAAAGGCAUGAUUGUGAGUGACUGCUGGGUGGAUGACCCCAUGCUGGGCCGAGUCAGCCAGGAGAUUGCCUUACUGACGCGGGUACAGCACCAUAAUAUCGUCAAGGUUCUGGAGGUGUUUGAGAAUGGGAGUUACUUCCAGAUGGUGAUGGAGAAACAUGGAGACGGUCUGGACCUGUUUGAGUUCAUAGACAAGCAGCCACGGUUGGAUGAGCCCCUGGCCAGCUACAUCUUCAGACAGCUGGUGGCAGCUGUGUUUUACCUGAGGGCGAAGAACAUCCUCCACAGGGACAUCAAAGACGAGAACAUCAUCAUCGACAAGUGUUUCCACAUCCGACUGAUAGACUUUGGCUCUGCUGCCCUGCUGGCUCCAGGGAAGCUCUUCUACAAUUUCUGUGGCACACUGGAGUACUGCUCCCCUGAGGUGCUCCAGGGAAAUCCAUAUGAAGGUCCAGAGCUGGAGAUGUGGUCUCUGGGUGUGUUACUGUACACACUGCUGUUCAGUGAGAAUCCUUUCUGUGGUGUGGGAGAGAUCCUAGAGGCCAAAUUCAAACCCCCCUUCCCUGUCUCCCAAGAGCUUCAUGGUGUGUUAUGUGGGCUGCUGCACCCUGAUCCUGACCAGAGGAUGACUCUGGACCAGCUGCUGCUGCAGUCCUGGAUCAGCCAGCCCAUCUUCCUGGCAGAGUACAGCUGGAGCGAGGUGUUCCCCGAGAGUGACAACCAUGGCUCGCCACAGCGCCAGGAAUCCAGUCCCGUAGCAUACAUCGGACAGGGCUUGUUCCCCGAUGUGGGUGAUGAGACUCUUCCUGAUGAUGAUGACGAAGAGGAGGAGGAAGAUGAGGAUGAGAGGAGCUCGAUGGUGGCCUUGGAAUCUGAACUCCAGAAAUACCUCUGCGAUGACUGAAAACUAUAAUCUCUUUGCUUGUCGCUGUGUGGAACCCAACCGUCCGUCCGUCAUUUAAACUGCAGAGGUGGAAGGAGCCUUAGAGAGGAGAUGUGGUGUAAAAAUCAAGGAAGACAAGCCUCUGCCGGUCUGAGGCAAAACAAAGCUUUAAUCUGACUCUUUAGACAGAGAAGAUCAGAGACAUGGAUCUUUUACCUUUAUAUUGGAUUUGCUACUAAAUAUAAUUAUCACACUAUUGGCUGGGAAAGAUGUCUGUGUUAAUUGAUUGCUAAGCGCACCACAGGAAGGCAUAAGCAUCACAUUAUACCAGCAUUUUUUUUUUUUUAUUGAGUUCAUUAGUUUUAUUUAAUUUUUGAAGUGGGGAAAAUUUUAAAGCAAAAUGUUAGCUUUGCUGCUUGAGUUGUUAAGCUCAGAGAAGCAGAGUUGAAGGGAAGCCUUUUCUUUCUCCAGCUUUCAUUUAGGAAGUGUAUGUCUUUAUAUUCAUGUUUUUAAACCUCAAGGUUUUUCAUUCAAAAUUGUAAGUAUAUUUACAAUAUUUUAUCUAUUUAUUGUGUUGCACAUGAAUAAAUAUUUUGGCACAAA